AUGGCCCUCUACCUCGUGCUCGGGUGCCCCGCGCUGCUCCUGCUCGGCGCCUUCCUGCUGCGCCGUUGGCCCACUCCGCCCCCUGCCCUUAGGCGCCACCUGCCGGAUGUCUAUCUCGAAGGGAACAUCGGCGCGGGGAAAUCGACGCUAGCAACGGCGCUGGCAAGUACUGGCAACUACGAUGUGUACCAGGAGCCGAUCGAGGAAUGGCGGGGAACGGGCGGUGUCAACUUCCUCGCGGCCCUUAUGAACGACUACGCCGCGAACGCUUAUCUCUUCCAAGUGCUGGUCCUGGGCACGCUGUGCAACCGGAUGCGCUGUGCCCGCCGCACGUCGCGGAUGCGCAUCUUUGAGCGCUCCGCCCGGUGUGCAGUGGACGUGUUCUCGGAACAUGCACACGCCGUCGGCGCGAUUUCCCGAAUGGAGAUGGUCACGCUGCGUGUCCUGCGGGACGCGACACGGCCCGCCCACCCGGUCGUGUACUUGUACGUGCGGAUCGAGCCUGAGGAAGCGCGCCGUCGGACUCAGCGGCGAGGCCGCCCAGAGGAGUCACAGCUGCCGCACUACUUCUUUGCGCGGUUGCACCGGCGCUUGGACGACUGGCUCCUGCGGGCCGAGUACUCGGAACGCCGGAACGAGGUGGUCGUCCUGGACGGGACGCUGUCUCCGGAGGACCUGCUGGCAGCAGCGCUGGAGGCCCUGGAGAGAGUCUGCUUGUACGCCGCCUAG